CGAGGCGAGGUCGCGCCUUCGCCCCUGCUGGUGCUGCGUGCCGCCGCGUUCAAUUUCUAGCGUCAUGGAUCGAUGGAAUCAUGGAAGGGAAAAAUAGAAAUAGUAUGAGAAGGAGGACGACGGCCGGCUGAUUUCUGAUUUCUGAUUGAAGGGGAAGAAGAUGGAGCUAGUAUGAGGAGGAUGGUGGUGUCCCACUCCCAGCGUCAUGGAUUUCUAAUUUGGGGAUCUCUCCCCAUAGAUCGAUUGGGAAUUUGGGAGGAAGACGAAGAGAAGAAGCACCGGAGGCUAGAGAGCGUGGAGAUCAGGAAACCGCGAAGCAUGGCCAAGAUUCUCGGCACGGGCGUCUGCGUCGGCGGCGCCAUGGUCAUGGCGUUCUUCAAGGGGCCCAAGCUGCUGCAGAUCAACUCGCUCGGGGGCGGCCCAGGAGGCCUGGAGUACGACGUGCUUCUCCUCCACUCGCCCGUGAGCCGGAAAUGGGUGAUCGGCGCGCUGUUCCUCGUCGCCAGCAGCUCCUGCUGGUCACUCUGGCUCAUCCUGCAGGUGCCGAUCUGCAAGUCUUACGUGGAUCCCCUGACGCUGGCCGCCUGGAUGUGCUUCCUGUCGACGGCGCAGUCGGCGCUGCUCACCUCGUUCGCGGUGCCGGACCUCAGCGCCUGGAAGAUCCGGUCGCUUUUCGAGCUCCUGGGCUGCAUCUUCGCCGGCGCGUUCGGGUCAGGCGUGACAUUCUACCUGCAGUCGUGGUGCAUAACUGUGAGAGGCCCUCUUUACUCGGCCAUGUUCAACCCCCUCUGCACCGUCGUCACCACCGUGCUGGCCACCCUUAUCCUUCACGAAGAGCCACACGCUGGAAGCUUGUUGGGUGCCAUCUCUGUGGUUGCUGGUCUGUACAUCGUGCUGUGGGCCAAAGCAGGCGACGCAAAGGGCCAGAGGGUGCCGGAGCACACCGAAGAUCUGGAGAAGACGACGGUGGUGCGGUCGGACUCGCAGCUCGAAGAUGACGAGAGUACCAUCACGGAACCGCUCCUGGCGGACGUCAACCCAACCGAGAAAGAGUAGGAGACGUUGUUUUGAGUAGCAAUUUUCAGCUCAUGGCCGGUACGUGUUUGCACUUUGUAGACUUUAAGGUAGAGUGUGCCGGUGGAGUCGAUCUGUGACGACGGCCAGAUUUACGCCUAUUGGGCGAUCGUUUUAUCCUAAUAUACCUCAACUUUUUGCGGUGGAGAAUGCCAUUCUCGAUCGUGGCGGUACUUUCCGAGCAGGAAGUGCAUGAUGCCAUUUUCCAGAUGGAGUAUAACAAAGCGCCCGGUCCUGAUGAUUUUUCCGCGGA